GAGAGGUUGGUGCAAAAUAAGGAACCCAAACACCGCCCUUAUGAAUUUUAACACAGCUAACACCUGGGUCCCGCCCACUAGAUAUAACAAAACUGUGCGAUCAAACACCAUUUUUUAUUCCUGUCUCCACAAUUUUUUCAUCAAGAAGUUGGUUAGCAAGUACGAACGAAACUAAUCUGAAGCAAAGUUAGCUGUUCCACAUAUAAUUUGUUGUAUUCAUCAGAUAGAUAGAUAGAUUAGGGAGGGGGUGAAAUAGAUGGGGGAAGAAGUGAAAGGAGCAAACCCUAGCCCCAAAGAUGAUAAUAAUCUACACUUAUUGAACGAGAAAGGUGCUUCGAGAAAAGGUAAAUCGUGUAAAGGAUGCUUGUACUAUUCAUCAACUCUCAAAUCUAAUUCUCGGAAUCCUGUUUGCGUCGGCAUCACUCGUUCUCUUCCUAAAGUACCUCACUACUAUGUUGGAGAAUCUGAGAUGGAAGCUUCAAAAGAGGGUAGGAGCCUUACUGAUUUCAGAUACGGUUGCGUUGGUUACUCUGUUUAUCCAGAUAUCAAAGAUCCCUCUGCCCAUGUAAAAGAAACACAACAGGAGUUGCCAGUCUGUGUUGGCAUUGAGGUUCUAGUGGACAGAAAAGUUACUAAUGCUAACUCUGCUCCUACUCAUGUUCAUAACAAAGAUAAUCAUGCAAUUCCACAACCACGAGUAAACAGGCCACCUCAGUCUGCAUCAGAUGAUUUCUUUAGCAGAUUUACCAGAAAUGCAAAUCUAGUUGCAUCAGGGGUAGCAAAAAACGUUCGCAAAGUUGGGAAUCAAAUAAAGGAAAGUGUUGAUGACAUUCUGUAUCGACGACCAAAGUAAGAUAUAUAUACUGAUGAUCCUGUGGGAUGAAGAGUAUGGUAAAUCUCGACCUUUAAGGAUGCUAGAAUUUUCAUUUUUGCUCAUAAUGAUUGUGGUAAAACUAAAUAUCAAAGUCGAUGAUGAUUUAGAUUUGUGAUAUACAUCUUAGUGCUGUUUUUGUACACCUAUUGAUGAUUGCAAAAUGAGUUUACUAUUGUUUUGUAUAUUCCGACAGCAGAUGAGAAUAAAUGUUGCUGAAAUGAUCUUUA